GUCGGAGCUAGCUCCAUUAUUAAAAUCCCUUAAUCGCUCCAUUUCGAUUAGAAACCCUAAUUUGUGAAUUGCCGUGACGUUGACGAGGAUGGAGUUUGACGAAUACGAGUACCUGGAGAAGACGGUAGAGGAAGGAGAUGAAUUGAAUAGGAAAAAGGAAGAGAGCGGUAAAGAGAAGAGUGAGAAGCGUUACGCGAAAAGAGAAGGAGACAGUCGUGACGUAGAAAACGGUGACGAAGAGCGAAGGAGCAGUCGGAGUAAGAAGUCUCGUGGAGACGACGAAGAGAACGGUGAAGGUAAGAGAAGGGAUCGGGAGAAAGAGAGGCACAGGAGCAGCCGAGAGAGGGAUAAGAUUAAGGUUAGGGGAGGAUCGAGAGAUAGAGAGAGAGAUCGGGAGAGGAGUAGCAAAGGAAGAGACAGGAGUGAUAGGGAGAAAAGUAGAGACAGAGAGAGGAGAAGCAGCAGCAGAUCACGGAGAGAAGAGAAAAAGAAGGAAACCGAAGUAGUGGAAAGAGAAAGCAGGAGACACAAGGAGAAGAAAGAUGAGCCUGAAGCUGAUCCUGAGAGAGACCAAAGAACUGUUUUUGCAUAUCAGAUGCCUCUUAAAGCUACCGAGAGAGAUGUUUAUGAGUUCUUCUCCAAAGCUGGCAAGGUCAGGGACGUGAGAUUGAUUAUGGACAGAAAUUCAAGACGAUCAAAAGGAGUCGGGUAUAUUGAGUUUUAUGAUGUGAUGUCUGUUCCAAUGGCCAUAGCUAUGUCUGGACAUAUGUUUCUUGGGCAACCUGUGAUGGUUAAGCCCUCCGAAGCUGAAAAGAAUCUGGCUCAGUCCACUACCACGACAGGCGGUGUAAGUAAUACUGGCCCUGUUGACCGAAAGCUCUAUGUGGGGAACUUGCAUUACAACAUGACAGAGUUGCAAGUUAGACAGAUUUUUGAGCAAUUUGGUCCUGUUGAGCUUGUUCAGAUGCCAUAUGACCUUGUAAAUGGUCAGUGUAAAGGUUAUGGAUUCAUACAGUUUGCCCAAUUUGAACAUUCAAAGGCAGCACAAACUGCCUUAAACGGAAAAUUGGAGAUUGCUGGUAGAACAAUCAAGGUUUCGUUUGUCUCUGAGCAUAUAGGCACUCAAGACGCUAAUCCAAAAUCCGCUGACUUUGAUGAUGAUGAUGGAGGUGGGCUGGCGUUAAAUGCACAAACGAGGGUUCAGCUUAUGCAGAGGCUGGAUCGUACAGGUGUGGCAGCAAACAUUGUAAGCCCUUUUGGAGUACCAGCACUAAACGGAACAGCUCUUAAUCAACCAAGCAUGAAUCCUGGUUUCUCCACAUCAGUGCUUCCGACAACAGCAAUCCCUUCUUUUGUCACAGAGCCUGUUGGUCAGCCAAGUCAAUGUCUUCUAUUGAAGAACAUGUUUGAUCCAGCAAGCGAGACGGAACCAGAUUUUGAUGAUGAAAUUAGAGAAGAAGUUGGUGAAGAAUGCUCUAAGUAUGGGCAAGUCAAUCAUAUCUAUGUAGACAAGAAGAGCGCAGGUUUUGUGUAUCUGCGGUUUGAAUCGGUGCAGGCGGCAGCGGCAGCUCAAAGAGCGAUGCACAUGAGAUGGUUUGCACAAAAGAUGAUAUCUGCAACUUUCAUGCCUCCGAAUGAAUAUGAAGCCAAAACCAAGGCGUGAAUUGCAUGCAAGAUAGAGUUGCUUGUUCAGACUCGGUAUAAAACCUAAAUGGACUGCAAUCCAUAUUCAGUCUCCUUUCUGCAACAUGUUAUAUAAAUCAAAAGGUUAUUGGAGACCUUUCCUUCCGUUUUAGUUGUAACAUUCCCAUAUGCAUAUCAUAAUUUUAUUUUAUUUUGUUUCAACUGUGUUACUAUUUGUUUACACUUCUAAGCUAUGAAAGUUACACAGUUUAGCCAGCUUUCCAACACUUGCUAGCUUUCGUGAAAGUUUGUAACAUGAAAUAUAUUUAGCUAACCGGUUUAAUCAAUACUGGUUUUGAUGAUUUCAUAUGUACUUCGGUUUAGUAGAACCAAACCGGUUCCAAACACUUUAUGUACGCCUUCUGAGAAAUCAAUCAAAUACAAUUUAAC